UAGUCCAGAAAACAGUAUAUAAAACAGCUAAAACAUCAAAUCUGAAAAAUACUCCUCAAUCUCUCCAUAAAAAUCCACAAAAAAAAGAACUUUUCACCCCCUGACCUAAAUUCCCCUCCAAUCGUAGCAGUUUAGUCUUCAGUUCUCAUCAAUUAUUAAAAAAACUCGAAUGUUUAUCCCCGGGUAACUAACCAACACACUCAAGCCGGCACCGGUGACUUUCUCCAUUUGUGAGACCCCCACGAAUGUCAGAAGCGAAAGAUAAUAAAUGCCCAAAACGCCUCCGCGGGGCAGGAGACGUUGUGCACCCUCCAGACGUUCUACGAUCAUUCUUUAUAAUUAGUGCUCGUGAGCAGUGAUUUUCAUCAAUUUACGAUGUUCGAUGCUCCAAAAUUUCGCACGAAUUGAUUGUUCAGUGUUAAUUGUUUUUUUCUGUUUGGUGAUACAUAAUAUAAGGGAUAAGCAGUGAGACAAUCAGUGAUGAUUCACUUGUUGCUUGUUGCUGCCUUCCUUGGCUUCUCCAGUGCCUCCACGUUGACUAUACCACCUCAGAGUGCUCUUGUCGUCGGGUUCGAGAAUGCUUAUGAGUUAUCACUACUUGCUAAUACGUUGACCGAUCAGGGGAUCGAUGCAACGCUGAUUGUAACCGCGGAUGCUGGGGAUAUCUAUGAGAAUCUGGUGGAGGUUGAGGUGAUCAAACUGAAUGUCAGCUCUGAGGAUGAUGGGAAUCUCGAGAGGAAGGCGCUGAGGGCUUGUGAGGCGCUCCUGGGGAAUCAGAAGAUCCUCAAAAGGGUUGGGGAGAUUCAACCGACUUUCACGAUUUUUCCGGCUAUUAGACACGAUGCUUGUCUCAUCCCCUGGGCUCGAUUUAUCUCAUCGAACCCAGUGGUCUGGGCUCUGGGAAUCAAUGAGGAACAUUACGCUGUCCAAAAAACAAAAAUGGGAAUCCCCAUUUUCACUGAAGGUAUCUACGAGAGAUUCUGGGCAAAUGUCAAUACCCAGAGGGUCAUCGCUCGAGUUGAAUCGAAUUUCGUGAACCCAGGGUUGAAAAUUGCUGGUAAAUACGUCUCGAACGUUGGAGAUACAUUGGAUGAGCUUUAUUCCAAUGUUGAAUUGCUACUUUGGGGUGGCGACCCCAUUCUGAGAACUGAUUUUGCAUCUUUAACUCAGAGAUUCGUCGAGGUCGGCUGUCACCAUUGCAGAGGAGUCCAACCCCUGCCCUCAGAGCUCCAAAAGGAACUGGUGGAGUUCAGACUAGGGACAAUUGUAGUCUCCCUCGACAAAAGUCACACUGACUUGAUAAAAAGCAUUGCAAAGAGACUUCCUCAGGGCAGACGGGGUCAAGCUGUUGCUUGGAAGAGCAAAAAUGUGAGAUUCACCGGGGGAAAACCAGAAAACCUCUUUGUACAUUCAAACGUUGAUCGUCAAGACCUUAUAGGCUACCCCAGAGCAAGAGUUUUUCUCAGUCACUGCGACGACACUGAGCUCCUAGAAUCCGGCUUCCACGGUACUCCCAUCAUUUGUUUCCCCAGAAAUCCUCACGAAAAACGCAAUGCCCAACGUGCCGUUGAAUUAGGUUUCUCCAUCUCCCUAAAUGACGACUAUUCCGUUGACAAAGUGGUGAAAACCUUUGUAGAAAUUCACGAGAGUGCACUUUACCGUGAGAAUGCGCGCAGUGUUUCCUUGGCAAUCAGAGACAGACCAAUGCCAGCAUCAGAUAGAGCAGUUUUCUGGCUGAGAUAUGUAGCAAGAAACGAAAAAAGUUCCAUUGAAUUUUCCCCAGUGGACAGAAAAAUACCAGUGAAAACAUUUGCCGAGGAUAUUCAACUUUAUAUCGGUAUUCUACUGGGUACUAUUUGCGGGGCACUAUUUGCUGCUACUACAGCACUCACCUGGUACUACCAGGGACGAGAGAGUAAGAGUGUCAGGAGCAAAGGAAGAAAGUAUAAUAGAUGAACAAACAUAUUUAAGAGAUGAAAAACUUUAUUCUGUUGUUAUACCCAACUCAAGUGGAGCAUUUAUUUCUUUGCAUGUAGAACAAAAAUGUAUAAUACUUAUAACUUUGACAAUUUUUUUCAUUAAAAAUUUUGCACAUUUUUUUUUCAAAUUCAUGUUUUUUUUUAUUGUUGAAUGAACAAUUUACCUGACAUAUGGGGCGUUCCAUGCUAUUUAAACGGCGAAUUUAAUUGAGUAGGGAAGCCGCAAACUUUUGAACAUUUAUAUCUCUAAUAUUAAUUUGACCUAUCGCGAUUUAUCAAGUUUACAAUUAAGAAUUGGGGAUUCAUUUAGUUGAGAGCCGAAAAAACCAAUUCCAUUUUGGAAUAAAGAGAAAAUGGAAUCUGCGUAAAAUGGUGAUUAUCGUGGAAAUGAGUUUGUAAGGGUUUUUUUUUUGGGAACGUAAAACAAAAUUUUUUGUAGGGAAAGAAUUUUAUACGGAAAAGAUUGCGUGAUAAUUUUUCCUAUCAUCACUGAUUACAGAGGGAAUUCAUCCAUCCAAAAAAUCCUCCAAUAACAAUUCUGCCUAUUUUUUGGGAAAUGUCUUGGAUACGCUGGAGCUGAGAAUAAAUUACGAAAAAAUUAUUUUUGCGAAGAACUGCAUUAUCUAUUAGGCUCAAAAGUCUUUUUUCCCGAAUUCAGGAAUUACUAAUUUAAAACUAUUUUGCUUGGCAAUUCCCAAUUCUGAACCCAAAUGGUAAAACUAGUUGAGUCAAAUUUGAGAAUAAAUCCUUAAUGAAGAUCUUCAAAUUUAAAAAACUUACAAAAUUUUUCAUAAAGAGCCUAUUUCGUAGAGGGGAAUGAAAGCUGAGAAAUUGAUUUGUCGCGUUCAAACACUUGAGUGGAACCGAAUCGACAUGAAUCGUAAGAAAAUCAUUGAGAGUGGUUUCGCCUGCAAUAGUAAGAAAAAGGAUAAUCGAAAGAUGUUGUUCUGUAAAAAUAUCAACAUUAACUGAAAAACAAAUAAAAAAUAUUAUUGAAUGAAAAUACUCAAUGGUUACAUGGACAAAUGGUGUUUCAUUUAUGUUUUUAUAAAUACACUUAAUAUAUACGUGGCCAUACAUAUACAAAUAUAUUAAGCCUAAAAAUACAGGUUUCAGCCUAGGGCUAUGUCGAUCAAAUUACUGGUAGUACCACCUAAGAAAGUAUUUGACACAUUAGAAAAAGCUAAAGCUAUAUAUAAUAUUUAUAAUAUAUAUAUUAUCGUGAGGAAAAUAAAUUACAAUUUGUCAAUA